GUCAAAAUAUCUGCAAAAGUCGAUGUCAGCGAAGAUAAAGAAAUAAUUAGACCAUAUUGAACAUUUGCUGUUAUAGCAAUAAAUUACAAGUAUAUUAACUGUUAUUUCUGAAUAUAUCUUUAUUAUUUCUCGGACAGAUAUGUCGUGUUGGAAGUUUUUGUCAUGCCUCGUCGACCGUGGAUAGUCAGAAAAAUAUUCAGGAUGCCUCUUACCGAAUCUGGUGAUCAAUACUCUGUAUGGGUUGGAUUGAUAUACAUAUUCAACUUGAUAGUAGGGACUGGUGCAUUGACUCUCCCAGCAGCAUUCGCACGAGCAGGAUGGGGCCUCAGCACAAUAUCACUGGUCUUCCUUGCGUUCAUGAGCUUCAUGAAUGCUACAUAUGUUAUAGAAACUAUGGCAUGUGCCAAUGCCGUUCUAAAAUGGAAGAGACUCCAGUUUAUUAAGAGAAAUAGUAUUCAGGAAAAUGAUUCAGAUGAUGAAGGUGCUGCAUCGCAGCACAGCUAUGGUGAUAUGGAAGACCCUCUUGUGUGUGGGGAUUCGAUUCCCUCGCGUUACUACAGCCUCGACAAGCGAAUUGAAUUAGGCGAAAUGGCAAAUCUUUUCCUACAUAAAACAGGUAGAACAAUGUUCUACUGCACACUUUGUGUAUAUUUGUAUGGAGAUCUCUCUAUAUACUCGACAGCAGUGGCAAAGUCUUUAAUGGAUGUGAUAUGUUCGACAGUACCUGCUAACAUGACAAACGCAACAGAUUGGGACGUUCUACCAUGCUUUAGUUCACUACCCAAUUCAACAUAUACCCGCUUUGAUUGCUACAGAAUCGCUCUUGUGACAUUCUUUGGAGCAAUGGGUCCCUUUGUCUUCUUUAACGUACAGAAGACUAAGUACUUACAACUACUUACAUCUGGAAUGAGAUGGCUUGCAUUCGCAAUUAUGAUAUCAGUGGCAAUACACUUGCUCAUAGUGAAUGGGCCUCAAGGGAAACCACCAGCAUUCGACUUCACCGGAAUCCCCACACUCUUUGGAGCCUGUGUCUACUCCUUCAUGUGUCACCACUCGUUACCGGCUCUGAUAAGUCCUAUCAGAGGAAAAAAUAGGUUAGGGCUGCAUCUCUCUCUAGAUUACAUAUUGAUAAGCAUCUUCUAUCUCCUUCUGGCAUUUACAGGCGCCUUCGCUUUCGCCUCAUUAAAUGACUUGUACACACUUAAUUUUGUUCCAACGGACAACGAGAACAUAUUUUUAGAAAUCAUUGAAUAUUUCCUCGCAUUGUUUCCAGUGUUUACGUUAUCUACCAGUUUUCCCAUAAUAGCAAUAACUUUAAGGAAUAAUCUUCAAAGUCUUUUCCUGGACACGAGUCAGUUGGAGUCAUAUAAUUUUGUUUUAAGGAAAUUGUUGUUUCCAGUAGUCGCUGUGGUACCACCAUUAUUGCUGACAUAUUUUAUAGAAGAUAUCAGUAUUUUAAUUAAAUUCACGGGUUCGUACGCAGGUACCGGUAUACAGUACCUCAUACCCACAUUCUUAGUUCUUUCUGCCAGACGUCACUGCACAAACUUGCUCGGUCUAGGUGUUGUGAAUAAUUACAAAAGUCCCUUUUCAAAUAAGGCGUGGGCGAUAUUCGUUCUUUUAUGGUCAUUCAUGUGUAUUAUAUUGGUGUCUGUUAAUAUGUUUGAGAGGAGUUCAUGACAUUUACAUAGGGUGUAAUGCUUUUUCGUUUCUACGUAACGUCAUACAAAAGCUUACUUAGAUACCGUGUGUUCAUCGUUGUUAUUUUUUUAAAUGUAUGAAAUCUAGCCGCGGAGUACAAUAAAAUAAAAAGAACGCAUAAAUAAAUGAU